UACGUGAUUGAAAAGAAAUCUCGGCAAAUGCACUGAGCAAGGCCGGGGGAGGAGUACAAGAGUAUUGCUGUGACAAAACUAGCUGAGAUAAACAGUUCAAGUUAUGGCUCCUUCAAAGACAUUGGCUACCUCAAGAGCAAAAGAAAAUAUUCUUAAGGCAUUGAGAGCUACAAGAGCGAGGUCUGCACCAGUAGCAGCAAAAUCUGGUCUAUCAAAUGCUUCUGAAAAUAAUACAUCCCCAAAGAAAGCAAUAACGUCACUGAAGGUGAACAAGACAUUGACCAAGAAGAAGGGCAAAUCCUCGAAGGCCACCAGCCCCUUUCCAACCGGCUUAAAGUUGCUGAAGCGCGGCUGUGUAACAAUGCAUAGGAUUGUGCGACGAAAAAUUCUUGGAAUUAAGCAGAAAGUCUUGUUUAACCAGAAGGGGGCGGCUUAUGGUGCUGCAGCCAAGGAGAUGCAGUCAUAUAUCGGGGUACUAGCACGUACCAAGGCACCUAUUUGGAGACCUAGUUGGAAGCAAGUGCCAAAAGAUCGUAAAAAUAAAAUUUGGCAGUGUGUUGAGAUGGCAUUUGAGAUACCCCCGGAGGCAAGGAGAAUGGUCCUAGCUUCAGCUUCACAGAAGUGGAGAGAAUUCAAGAGCAAGCUGAGUACACAGUACAUCAUCCCACAUAAGGAUGAACCUGAACUGUUAGAGUAUCCCCCAGCUGACUACAACUUCAUUGAGAAGGCUCAUUGGGACAUAUUUGUUGCUGAUCGCUUGUCUGAAGAGUUUCAGAUAUUGCACGAGGUUCAGAAGAAAAAGAGGGCUAAGAACAAGUACCCUCAUCGCAUGUCGCGCAAGGGAUAUGCAAAUCUGGAGGUUGAACUGUCUGAGUCUCUAGAAGAUUCAGAGCUGGACAGUGCAACAAUGUGGAUAAAGGCACGACAGGAUAAACAUGGAAACUUCAAAGAUGGUGAGCUAGAGCAAAAGGUUGCAGCAAUAGACAAGUUGAGGAAGCAAGUGAGUGACGGUGAGGUGACAACAUGUGGCACCGAUGAUGUAUUGACAAAGGCUCUAGGAAAUGCUGAGCACCAUGGCAGAGUACGUGGUGUGGGAGGUUAUGUCAAGCCUACUACGUAUUUCAAACUGCCUAGGAACAAAAGGAAGACUGUUGAAGAGAGGAUUAAGGAAGGCUGCAAGAAACUUAUAGAAGAGGAGGCAGAGAAAAUUGUGGCACGAGAAAGAGCACAUUGGGCUGACACGAUAAUGAGAUUGGAAGCAAAAUUAGAUGGGAGAGCCCUUCCCAUUGAGUCGCCUCCGGCGGGCCAUGUUACCAAGGACCUUGGUUCUGGACAAGGUAGCUGCUCCAAUUUGCGGGAGAAGUGUCCUCUUCAAAAGGCUGAAGACCUUGUUGUCAGCGCAAAGAAGCGUUUGGAGUUAGAGGUUGAAGUUCAGGAGGAAGUACAAGAAGAAAAUAUUGUGAAGCUGCCGGUGGAAGAACCAGUGGCUAUAGAGGUUGAAGAAAAGGCUAUUCAGUUGGUGGAAGUCACACAACAGGAACUCAAGGACUUAGAGUGCAAAUUGGCUGUAGGUGACAUCAACAAUAUUGUUGCCAUUGCAACCAUUGUUGAAGUCGACGCUGCGUGCGCCAACCAGACAAUUCAUGGUGCUCCUUUGGGAGAAGGGAAUGUGCGAGUGUCGAUUUUGCGUCCACUUGAUCCCGAAGCUAAGCUUCCAUUCCCAAUCGCUGAUGAGAUAGUUACUGUUAAGGAUGCUGUUGGAACUUACAUUGCUUGGCCAAGAGACCUCAUAGUUCAACCCCCUCCCCAUACAGAGAAGAAACAACGGCCUAAGUCUGUUAAGGGUCUGAAGAAAAGGAAAAGGCCAGUAGAGGAGGAUGAAGAUGAGGAUCUCGACUUGAAGAAACUGCCAAAAGAUUACCCUGCACCGUUGAAAUGCUUGUGGUUGUGGGCUAGAGACAAUUUGGCAAAUGGGAGGACAAUGUCCUUUCAGAUGGAAGAUAAAGUUUUUGGCAUCAACAGGAAGCAUUAUUUGUUUAAGGGAGACAUUUAUGCAUUGUGUACCAUGUCUGAACUAUCUGGUAGAGUGAUCUCCAUGUAUAUUCUCUACUUGCAUGAAGUCUUGAAGAAAUCAAAGAUGGCAGACAUGGUUGGCUUUGUAGACCCUGCACAAAUUGGAGCACUUGCGUGUGGAAGUGCAACAGAAAGAUCGCGUCAACUGGCAAAUAGGUUCAAAAAUGCAAAGAAAUGCCAGAUUUUUAUGUUGCCGUAUAAUGCAGGUAAGCAUUGGAUGUUGACUGUUGUCAACCCAGAGGAAGAAACAAUCUACUUCAUGGAUCCACUAAGGCGUCGACUAGUUGGUGGAGAAUGGCAGACAGUUGUGGAGAAUGGAAUCAAAAUUUACAAUGCUCAGAUGGAUAGAUGUGGCCAGAAAUCUAUAGUGUGGCAUAACAUGGGGUGGCAGCGGCGAUCGGAAUUGGUUUACACCCAAAAGGAUCUUGAUGAUGUGAGGUCAGAGUGGGCAAAGUUUGUCUUGAAGUAUCAUGCAUAG